AUUCACAAUUUUCGAUGACGUAGUUCCCGGCCAUGUGCGCGCUUCACACAAGGGUUCAAAAUGGCAGAGCACAUGGAGACAACACCAGCAACCACUUCCACUCCCACCACCACCACCACCACUACAGAGGAUGUCCCCUCAUGUAAUGGUGAUGGCCCCAGACCAGCCGGUAAAGACAAGGAUGACAUGACGUCAAAAGAUUACUACUUUGAUUCAUAUGGUCAUUUUGGCAUCCACGAGGAAAUGCUCAAGGAUGAGGUGCGGACACUGACCUACAGGAAUGCCAUGAUACACAACAAGCACUUGUUUAAAGGGAAGAUUGUCCUAGAUGUUGGAUGUGGUACAGGGAUCCUGUGUAUGUUUGCUGCUAAGGCUGGCGCCGCCAAGGUCAUAGGGAUUGACUGUUCCAGUAUCAUAGACUACGCCCAGAAGAUCACGGAAGUGAACAACUUUGAUAAAACUGUGACCCUGAUCAAAGGAAAGGUGGAGGAGGUUACCCUGCCUGACGGUAUUGAAAAAGUUGACAUCAUCAUCAGCGAGUGGAUGGGCUACUGUCUUUUCUACGAGUCCAUGUUGAACACUGUGAUAUUUGCCCGUGACAAGUGGCUGAAACCUGGUGGCCUGAUCUUCCCCGACAGAGCUGUGCUGUACGUCUGUGCCAUAGAGGACAGACAGUACAAGGAUGAGAAGAUCAACUGGUGGGACUCCGUGUAUGGCUUUGAUAUGAGUGUGAUCCGUAAAGUGGCUAUUUCGGAGCCCCUGGUGGAUGUUGUCGACCCCAAACAGGUGAUCACCAACUCCUGCCUGGUGAAGGAGGUGGACAUCUACACUGUCACGGAAGACGACCUCACCUUCAAGGCUCCAUUCCACCUCCAAUGUCGCCGCAACGACUAUGUACAUGCACUGGUCACUUUCUUCAACAUGGAGUUCACAAAGUGUCACAAGAGAACAGGUUUCUCCACAGCUCCCGAGGCCCCCUACACUCACUGGAAGCAGACUGUGUUUUACUUCGACCAGCUGGAUCUGACAGUUAAGAAAGGAGAAGAACUCUUCGGCACCAUUGCAUUGGAACCCAACAAAAAGAACACAAGGGAUCUGGACAUAAAGAUUGAUGUGGAUUUUAAGGGUGAAUUAUCCGAGAUGAAUGAGUCUAUGUCGUACAGGAUGAGGUAGGAAGGUUCACGCUAGGAAGGACAUGGCAACAGCUAUUCCACCAUUUUCACGGUCCACGGUUUUGUGGACUGUGUGGAGGACUACAGACAGCAUCCUCCCACUAUCAUAAUCAUGCGGAGGAGAGUGGCAGUGGUCUUGUAGAAGUCCCUGAUUUAUGCUACGUUUUGAACAAAACUGACUCUUAUACUUGAUUUCACUGAAUAUAAUAUUGGCUGAUGAUUUCUGUUCGGAUGAAGCUGAAUAGAUCUGCGCAUUGUUACAUUGAACCAUAUGUACAGUGGAAACUGAAAAAAAUGUCAUUAUCCUAAAUUUGAGAUGUAAUACUUCUACAGAAAUGGCAACUAGAUAGACAUGAGGGUAGAACAACUUGAUAUAGGAGAGGUUGACGUUUUUAAAGGAAAAAUACAGGGUUUGCCAUUGUGUUUUCUUUUAUUGCACUGGCAAUGAAAGUCUCUUGUAUGUUGCUAAAGGCUGGUGUAGUCUGGUUGGUCGUCUGCUUGUCGUCUGUGACAUUGUUUUGUAGUCUGGAACUCAUUGUAUUGUGUACCUACCAGGUACUGCCCUCUAGUGGGUAGUCCUGUCCAGUAAAGGAAGGGACACAACCAUUGUCCAUCUGCUGGGUGUCUUUAAUAUGGAAAACCUUAAAACACGAACAAAGAUAUAUAUUUUUUUUCAACUUUUGUGACUUUCAUGGAGAUCCCUUUCUGCUGAGGAAGAUGAAAAAUUUAAUGUGUAUUGGAGACAUGAUGAAGACAUUUUCAGAGAAAAGUUGAUGUAAUGGAACAUUUCAAAUCUAGUUCAAAUUUUAGUGGAUGUGCCAAAUUAUCCUUGGUCCUUCACUGCCGAGUUGGUGCAUUGUGUUCAUCAGGACUUGUUAGGAAGUCUAUUAGCAUUGGCACUUUACUGUACAUUUUGUACAUUUGUUUUGAGUCGAACGUGAAUAAUUUCCUCUCAAGUCAACACUAUAUUUGCGAUGUUAAAAAGUCCCACGCCUAGACAUCUCUUGUAAUAUCUUUCCUUCAAAUUGCAAAAUUUGAUUUAAUAGCAUGGGUAGAUGUCUAGACGUGUGAUCUGCAGUUGUGUUUUAUCCUUGUGUUCGGCGAAGCUUGUAUGAGUGUGUGUUUGGUAUUACGAAUGUCCUGAAAAUGUUGUGCAUGCACGAGUGUUUUAGAAUGUUGUGAUAUAGUAUGAUAGUGUGACACGGAUGAGCCGGACUCGUGGACUUCUGCACAGCUGCAUUGAAAUUAUCGUUUUUCAAAAAAUGUUUUGAAGUUCCCUUUGUAUGACAUGUAUUUGGAAGGGUAUUACGCAACCGUCUGAAGCAUCCCUGCUGAAAUGAACAUCAGGGGUAAUGCUACUUUCAUGAGAGCAUGUUGAAGCAGGUUUUACUCAUAUAUGCAAAGCGGAAUUUCAUUGGUCAGAAACCACCAAUCUGUGGUGCUGUAACAUCUGCCAUUUUGUAACCCUUUACAAUACUGUAAAUGAGAAAGAGUUUAGCUGUUAACUGUAAAUGAAAUAGAAAAAAAUAUUACAGAUGUUUUAAAACUAGUGAUUUUUGUUUUUUGUUGCAUUUAAUUAUAAGUUUGUCUUAACUAUGUUAAUAAUCAUCAAACAUGAUACUGAUCUAAUUAAAUGCCAGGGUCAGUAAACAGUUCACCUGAU